AAAACUCGUGUUAUAUUACAGUUAAUAAUUUAAUUAAUUUUCAAUCAUACAUUUUCAUUAUGAUUAAAACAAAACACUUGAUUAAUUCAAUUGAGACCAGUGUUUACGAGAGUCUGAUUGGUUUGGCCGCCGGUAACGAUGGACUGCAAGUCAUUCCCGAAUGCAAUUCAGUCGUCCGUAAAGACUAUCAAACGUAUCGCAAAACGGGAAAAGUUAUGCUCAUUAGUGGAGGUGGGUCAGGACACGAGCCAAUGUUUGCCGGGUUUGUUGGCAGCGGUCUACUAACGGGCGCCGUUUCGGGAGAGAUAUUCGCUUCGCCGCCGCCCAGAAAGACACUGAAACUAAUUGAGACAAUUGGCGACAAGAAUGGCAACAAUGAAAUACUUAUUAUAGUCGCCAACUAUACGGGCGAUCGGCUUAACUUCGGGUUAGCCCGAGAGCACGCUUUGCUAAAGGGAUAUAAAGUGGAAAUGUUUAUCUUCGGCGAAGACGUGGCCUUUUAUGGC